AAAACCUUCACUGACUCUCUCAUUCACUCUUCUUAGCCAAAGAAGAUCAAGAAACAAACAAACAAACAAACACCAUUCACUCACACUGUCACACAUCUCUCUGUUUCUCCAAGAUGCUGAAGGCUCUUUUUGCCCGCAAGAAAAGCUCGCGUCCCUUCAAAGACUACCACUCCGAGUGGUUCAACACCCUCAAGAACACGCUCUUACCCCUCCUCCGAAGCUCAAUCUCCGGCUCAGUCCCAACCCUCUCCACCCACGUUGAAAUGCUCCACCAACACUUCCAAUCCUACUACGAAGCCCUCGACCUCGCCGCCUCCCACGAUGUCUCUCAGCUCCUCUUCCCCUAUUGGCGCAACUCCCUCGAGAAGCCUUUUCUUUGGCUUGGCGACCUCCAUCCCUACCUCUUCACCAACCUCCUUCGCUCAUUCCUUGAGGACACUGAUGAAGAAGAAGAAGAGACAGAGGAUGAAUUCAAUGAUGAUGUGGUUCGAGAGAAUUAUAAGUACUUAUUCGAUAAACCGUGGGAGGUUGCAAUGGCAUGGAAGAACCCGAGUAGUAACUUGACUACCCGGGUUGAUCAAAUUGAGUGUGGACUAAGGCUGAUGGUGCCGGCAUUGGUAGACAGGGUGAGGAAUGCACAGGCGGGGCUGGUGGAGCGUGUGGCGGAGGAUUGGGUCUGGUACCAGGGGAGGAAAGAGGCGGCUAGACCAGUCAUUGUGGAGGCGGUGGAGGCCGAGAUUGAGGAGAUGGUGAGUGCGUUCUUGGAUGCUAAUAGGAUGAGGAGGAGCGUUCUUGCAGAGAUUAUCAGCGCCACCAGUGUGUAUCAGGGGGCUCUGUUUCUUGAAGGGCUAGCCCAAUUUCUUGUUGGGUUGAGGGACCCUCAAUUGCUCGCCCAAUUCGAAAGUUGCCAGAUGCGUCUCAAUAAACCAAGCCGCAUUGCCCUUUGAUCCUUCUAUUUAUUUUGUGUUCUUGGUCUGAAGUGUGGGAUUUAUUGAAAUUUCUUGCAUUUCUUGGAGCAUUUUUCUUCUAUAUAUGGAGUUCUUGGGCAAGUUUUCUUUGCUAUGUAGUUCAAUUCCAUUUGUUGAAAUACCAUUUACUGUUGUGAAGCAUGCAUUUUUCUGCUAUGAUUUUUUUGACUUUGCCCGGGAACAAUGUUAUUGGCAGAGUAUAACCUUUUUCUUGAUCUGUAAUAGUUCUUUGGGAAGUCUUGCUUCAAUCAUCUUGAGUACUGGUUGUUAACUUCUCAAGGGAAGUGGAAAAUUUU